CCUGGUGUCGCCAGACACUUCUCUCUAUUGUCCCCCAACAGGUACAAGCUGUAGUCCGCAGGACCCACUGGGCAUCAACAAUUCCUAGGAAUGUCAAAUGUCGAUUGAGCGGGGAGAGGGUGUGCGAAGAAAAAAAACUGUCUGGGCAUGGACGCCAGUGGGUCUAGGUAGUUUUUAGUACGCAGUGAAACAGAAAACUAUCGAGCAAAUAACUAAACUCUCACUGAAGGAAAAAAUAAAAGAAUAAAGUGGUAGAGUGAGAUGGAGAGAAGCCAACUGAACACUCCCUCGACGUCCAAAAAUGGCGAGCCAGCAGGGAAGCGUCAAAGAAUGCGGACUUCAGUGGACUCCGUAUCCCUCAAUCUUUGUAUGAGAGACGCCCCCCGCGAACGUCAACAGCACCCGCCAAACUUGCCAGCAGUCAUCAACCCCUCCAACCCCCAGACAUCAACUCCCGCCGAUCCCCCCGCUUCAAAACAACUCAACAUCCGCCUCAAUCAAAUUCGCAAAAGAAUGCACAAUUUCUGUAAAGCAGAGCGCCUGAUUCUGGAGGAGCGCGAGGCAGGCUCCAAAAGAAUAAUAACCGAUCUGCAAUUCUACCUGACAGGAGCCCUGAGGGCCAUGCAGAUGGCGCGUGGAGCACACACCGCCGCUGAAUUCCAAAGAACGGAGCUGCAGCAAAAGAACACAGAACUCCUUACGGAGAACGCCAAACUGAAGGAAUUUAUAUUCCAACAGACGUCAGCACACACAUUGCAGCUGAACGCCGCGAUGAGCAGAAUAACGGAGUUGCAGCAGAAUUUGAAUGCGCUGUCGUCAUCGCAGGGAGAGUUGAAUGCGGGGAAAGUUGAGCUCGAGAAGACGCGGGAGAGAGUUCAACGGCUGGAAGCAGAGAAGACGUCGCUCUGGGUGCAGGUGCAGGACCUUCUGCCGAGGGCGGAGCGCGCGAAGGAGCUCGAGGAGGAGUUGGUGCUGGCGGACAAAAUAAUUACGAAUCUCCGGGAGAAUGUUACGGGGGAGAAGUCCGCCGGGGGUGAGGCGUCAGACGGAAAAAAGGGAGACAGUCCCGAGGUGAUUGAUGUUGAACGCGAGGAGUCGAGCCCCAGACUCGAUGGGGAAGUGACAAUAGUGAGCGAGACGGUGGCGGUGGCGUCGGACGCCUCAGGGUGCGAUGACGAGGCGGCAGCUUCGAACGGCGCAGACACUUCCGGGGAAAUGCCACCGGGAGGCGAGUCUCCGUCGACUUCCGAGGGCGACGCGGCGGUCGAACCUGAAGAGGAGGAGGACGCCGAGCCAGACCGUCCGAUCUGGGUGGGUGAGGCGUACGUUCUGGCUUCGCACGAAAAAUUCUUCGAGAUCAAGUGGAGGUCACAUUACGAGCAGAGGGGGACCCACAAGUUUUUGUGCAAAAAGUGCAAGCACACGACGACCGGGCGGGGGACCAUGGAGGAUCACAUAUGGGUUAAUCACUACGGGGGGACGUUCAAGUGUCCUUCCUGCAUUAAUUACGCUUUGCGAUCGAGAUAUAAUAUUAAGAGGCACAUGCACACUUGCCAUUGAUCGAGGAAGGGGUGGAGUGAGAGGGAAAAUGGAUUUGCGGAAAAAUUAUGGGUUCCGCGGGAGAAUAUUUGAUUGUGCACGAAGAAAAUUUAAUAGAAAAACGUAUCGAAGUCGUUGGAGAAUUUUAUUGGAUUUAUAUUGAACUUUCUAUUAGG